AAUGGUAAAACCUCUCAUUGUUGAUAUUGAGAAAGGCUUCUUGAGACACUAGGGUUUUAUUUUUCCCUCACUCCCCUGAAGCAAUAACACUCAGUUCUCUCUGUAAUAUCGGUGCUCAUCAUUCUUCUCGUUAAUCAACAUGGUGAGACUCACUGCUGACCUUAUCUGGAAAAGCCCUCAUUUCUUCAAUGCCAUCAAAGAGCGUGAAUUAGAUCUUCGAGGCAACAAAAUUUCUGUUAUCGAAAACAUAGGUGCAACCGAGGACCAAUUUGACACCAUUGAUUUGUCCGACAAUGAAAUUGUCAAAUUGGAAAAUUUACCAUAUCUUAAUCGAUUGGGUACACUACUCAUUAAUAACAACAGGAUUACUAGAAUUAAUCCUAAUAUUGGAGAGUUCCUACCGAAAUUACACACAUUAGUUCUCACUAAUAACAGGAUUGUAAACUUAGUAGAAAUUGAUCCUUUGGCAUCCCUUCCAAAGCUGCAGUUCCUUAGUCUUCUUGACAACAAUAUUACAAAAAAAGUGAAUUAUAGGCUUUAUGUUAUUCACAAGCUCAAGUCCCUCCGAGUUUUGGACUUCAAGAAAGUCAAAAAUAAGGAACGUUUAGAAGCCAAAAAUUUGUUUGAAUCAAAGGAAGUUAUUGAAGAAGUUCAAAGGGCACCAGCGAAAGCGGUUUCACCUGUUGAAACUCCAGAAGUUUCAGAAUCUACGGACGAACAACAGACACCCAAAGUGUCUGCUCCUACACCAGAGCAAAUUAUUGCUAUUAAGGCUGCCAUUGUUAAUUCACAGACUCUUGAAGAGGUUGCUAGGCUUGAAAAGGCACUGAAGUCUGGCCAACUUCCUGCAGAUCUAAAAAGCUUGACCGAUGAUAUAAUGUUGGAUAAGGUUGAUGAAAAACAUGAAGAUGUGGUUCAUGCUGAGUCCAAUGAUACACAAGAGCCAAAAAAUACUGAUGGUACUCAAAUGGAACAGGAUUAGAGUGACGAGCAUUGUGCACUCCACUUAAUGUUGGGUUUUUAAUCAAAAUCUUGGUUAUUUUUCAUGAAGUGUACUUUUCUCUGUUUCUCGGCUAGUUGAGAACUGGGGGUUUCAAUUACCCUCUUGGUGAAUCACUGCUUUAGCGUUUACAUAUGUAUUAUUAAAAUUUGGUUAUCUUUACACUUGAAUGAAUUAUUAGGGCUUCUUUUUUUGCCCCUAGCCAUAAACUUUGAAAGUACAAUAUUUACUUUCCUUUCUGAGUCC